AUGGACGAAGGCGCACGCGUGUGGGUCACGGACCCCGCGAAGAGCCACGACCGCGUGUGGCUCGCCGCCCGCGUCCUCGAAGCGCAAGCGACCGCUCUGCGCGUUGCCAUUGACAAUGACAACGACGAGACGAGCGACGACCUCCGCGACGUGCACUUAGCGUUUGCCGCGUCGGGGGCGUGUGUGAACGUGCUGCCGCGCAAUCAGGCGGGCGAGCAGGACCAGCGGGACCUCGUGGCGCUGCCGCAUCUGCACGAAGCGUCGAUUCUCCAUGCGCUGCGGCUGCGCUACGCGCGGCACGCGAUCUACACGCACAUUGGCGACAUUCUGAUCUCGAUCAACCCGUUCGAGCGCCUCCCGCAGCUCUACGGCGACGACGUGCUGCAGCGAUACGCGUACGAGGAUAGGGCCACGCAGUUCAGUGACACCAGCGCGAAUGACGCCAGCGAGCCGCAUCUCUUCGCCGUGGCGCGAGCCGCGUACAUGGACAUUGUGCAGAGCGGACGCAGCCAAGCGAUCCUCAUUAGCGGCGAGAGCGGCGCGGGGAAGACCGAGGCCACGAAGAUUAUCAUGACGUACUUUGCCAUCACGUGCGGCGCACGGAAGAGCAACGACAAGCACGAGGCGGUAGCUGCGGAGGACUCGAAGUUGUCAGCACUGCCGUCGUCACGACCGACGAUAGAGGAGCAGAUUCUGCAGUCAAAUCCGAUUCUCGAAGCGUUUGGCAACGCGCGCACGGUGCGGAACGACAACAGCUCGCGCUUUGGCAAGUUCAUUGAGCUGCGCUUCCGAGACGAGCGACGACGGCUCGCAGGCGCUCGUAUUCGAACGUAUCUCUUGGAGAAGAUUCGAGUGAUCAAGCAAGCAACGAACGAGCGCAAUUUCCACAUUUUCUACGAGCUCUUGAGUGCCGACAGCUCGUGUGUGAGCGAAGAGCAGCGACAGGCUUUGGCGAUCACGGGCGGACCGCAGAACUUCCGUCUAUUGAAUCAAAGUCGGUGCUCGAAGCGACGCGACGGUGUCAAAGACGCGGUGCAGUUCCGUGCGACUCAACGAGCAAUGCAACAGCUGGGAAUGAGCGAAUGCGAGAUCCACGGCGUGCUGGAGAUUGUUGCAGCAGUGCUACACAUGGGCAAUGUGGAUUUCGAACAGGUGCCACAUCAGCGCGAAGACAACGUGUUUGCCGAUGAAGCGCGUAUUGUGACGUCGAGUACUGGCGAGUGCGACCACUUUACAAAGGCAGCGGAGCUCCUAGGCGUAUCGACGGAAGCGUUGGAUCAUGCACUGACGAAACGCCAGCUGCACGUGUCCAACGAGACACUAGUCGUGGGAGUUGACGUUGCACAAGCUCGCAACACUCGGAACGCAGUGACGAUGGAGUGCUACCGCCUGUUGUUUGAAUGGCUUGUUGCACGCGUCAACGACAAGCUGCAACAACAGCCAUGGAGUGCGGGUCGUGGCGAUGAAGAAGAUGAUGAAAAGGAGGCUGCUGAUUUCAUCGGGCUGCUUGAUAUCUUUGGAUUCGAAGAUAUGGCGGAGAACUCGUUCGAACAACUCUGCAUCAAUUACGCCAAUGAGGCGUUGCAACAUCAGUUCAAUCAGUACGUGUUCGAAGAGGAACAGCGGCUGUACCGAGACGAGGGUAUUUGCUGGAGCUUUGUCGAUUUUCCGAACAACCGCGCGUGUCUGGAGUUAUACGAACGCCGACCAAUUGGUAUUUUUUCACUCACGGACCAAGAGUGUGUCUUUCCUCAAGGCACAGACCGUGCCCUCGUAGCCAAAUACUACCAGGAGUUUGAGAAGAAGACUCAGCACCCGCAUUUCCGACCUGCACCUCUCAUCCAGCGCUCAACUCAGUUUGUCGUGGCACAUUAUGCUGGCUGCGUCACUUAUACCAUUGAUGGUUUUCUUGCGAAAAACAAAGACUCCCUUGGCGAGAGCGCGGCGCAGUUGUUGGCGGGAUCGUCCAACCCGCUUAUCCAAGCCCUUGCCGCAGGAUCGAUUGACGGAAACGAAGCCCGCACGGAUGCAGAAGUUGAAGGUUCUGGCGGUCGGGCCCGUCGACGUGCCAAGUCGGCCAUCGCAGCAGUCAGCGUGGGCACGCAGUUCAAGAUCCAGCUAAAUGAGCUCCUAGCUACUGUCCGCGCGACGACGCCUCGGUAUGUGCGCUGCAUCAAGCCCAAUGAUUCGCAUGUGGGCUCGCUUUUUCACAGCAAACGAGUGGUCGAGCAGCUACGCAGUGGUGGCGUGCUCGAAGCUGUAAGAGUCGCCCGUGCAGGCUUCCCUGUGCGUCUAUCGCAUAAGCAGUUCCUCGAUCGUUAUCAUCGCGUGCUGCUCUCGCUCUGCAAAUCAGGCGACAGUGUUGUCAGAAAGAAACAAAGCAGUUGCAGCGAAAUGGAUGUGUGUCUACACCAGCUCAUGCAAGUUCUUGCCGACAAAACGAUGGAAGAUGGAGAUGGCGAUGAUGAACAAAAUCGUCAGGCACGGCUCGGCGUCAGUCUUGGCAAGACGCGUGUCUUCUUUCGUCGGAAGCCAUACGAGAAGCUGGAAAAUCUCCGUGUAUCUGUACAUCAAGAGGCUAGCCUCGUCAUUCAAAAACACGUUAGAGGAUUCAUGGCGCGCAGUAGCUACCGACACCUCCGCCGAGUUACUAUCAAAACCCAAGCUCGCGUGCGAAGGCAACGCGCCUACCGAUACGUUUGCUGGCUACGCGAAAUGCAACGAGCCCGUGUACUGCAAGCCAGAAUGCGUCAGCUGUGCGCGCGCAGCAGAUUCCUUCGUGCUCGGGCAGGUGUGCUGGCGGUGCAGUGCCGCUUUCGAUGCCGCCGUGCUGCAAGAGUUGUGGAGGUACUUCGUAAAGCACGUGCUGUGACUCGCAUUUCCACAGCCUGGCGGCGGUCUGCAGCUCAGCGGAAGUACCGAAGGCUUUGCAGUGCUGUUUUAGCACUCCAGUGUGCAGCGCGUUACCAUGCUGCUAAGCGGGCGCUGAAGGUGCUGCGUGAGGAGAGCCGAAAUGUAGCCAAGCUGAAACAGGACAAUGCGCAGCUCAAGGACGAACUGGCUGAAUUACGUCGGCAAGUGCAAGUUAUGGUGGCUCAAAGCAUGUCCAAAGAAUGUCCGCCGUCGCCGUUUCUCCCGUUAACAGUCGGCACCGUCCCUGCUUGCGAUUCUUAUCAAAAGACGAUCGUGGUGUCAUCCAACAAUGCAUCCCCAGAAGUCGAGAGCAAUCAGCGCGACUGCCAAAUCGAAGUGGAGCUUGAAGUUACGGUUGAUCUUCGGUCAAUGGCAAGUGGCGAUGAUCAUGGUGACACGAGCGGCUGUGAUGUCGAUCGCACCACAGAGUCGCAUGACAGUCGGCAGAUAUCAAAGCCUCAGACACCGAAGGUGCGCCGCGUCCGCCGUUCCAGCUUACCACCUAUACUUGCUUCUGCAAAUGAAGAUGCAGAAGUCGAAGAUAUCACUCCACCUGCGUCGCCUUGUGCCCCUCGAUCUCGUGAUCGACGCCACAGCUUGGAUUUGUGGCGGCUGCAAGAGCUGAAGGUUCAUAACGAAGCUUGUCAAUUGCGUGAAGAAAUUCGCGAAGUGGCUGCUGUUCAACCGUCACCAGAACGCCAGGUUCAGCAAGAAAUCGCGCUCCAAAAGCUCGUUGCCGCGCAGAUCAAGCGCGAGGCCAUGCGGUUGCAGCUACAGGCGCCUGAGCUGGCACUGAAGAUGGAAAACGACUUCAAUGACGCUUCUGGAUCAUGCAAAAGUCAGCAAAGCCGUUCCUGCACCGUCGGCAGCCCCCUGCGUAUCGUGACGCCAUUGACAUCGUACGGCCAACAGAGCUCUUCGCGCUGGAACAUUGCAACACCUCGCAGUAUGACGCACGCUACAGGCGGCUGCACGCCGGCUUAUUUCGACAGCCCGGUUUACACUGGAUCGUCGUACGCUGAUGAUCGCUCUGUGGAUGGCGAGGAUGAUCUGUAUGGACGAAACCGACGUUACUCAACGCUCCGACGUGCAGCAUCCGCUGGCAUGUACCGGUCACGCUCGUCUUCCAAUGCUUCGACGUGCUAUACCUCAUCACUAGCCGUUCCUUCUGGAGUUGCUGUCCCCCGCUUCGCCAAGGCUCCGAUCUGCUAUGAGUGCGACUGUCAGUUUAACCUACUCGUGCGUCGCCACCACUGCCGUCAGUGUGGCCACUCAUUCUGCUAUGAACACUCGACGCGCCAGCUAGCACUUCCUCACUUGGGCUACGUGGCGGCUCAGCGCGUGUGCGAUACCUGCUUUGAAGCGCAUAUCCAGGCCAUAACAUCUUACAAGUUGCCGUCUUUGGUCCGCCAUCCAACAGACGCGUUGUCGACUUCAUCGUUUGCGAGCUCGCCGCGCAACCUCGGAAGCGGCGGCGGCAGCUGCUGCAGUCUUGAGAGUCCAACUGAAGAUGCAGCUCGAGUCGUUCCGCUGCAAACCCGACGCACGCCUUUCGUAGCGGUUGCUACUUAG